AUUGACUAUUGUAUUGAAUAUAAUGUAAAACUUUGUCCAAAAUGUUUGCUUAGGUUUUGUUUAGUGAAAAACUUUUCGAUAUAUAAGCGGCCGUCAAGUGAUUUGUGGCCACCGAUUAUGGCCAACAACAACAACAGCGGGAACGCCACCACCACCGCUACCGACGACGAUACCGACAUCAGCACUGGUCAGCACAAGUCACCGCCGAUUAGCCAACUAUUGUCGACCGAUAGCCGCCGCAGUUGCGCCUCAUGUCUGGGACUACUGGACGACCGCUACUGCAAUCAAUUGGUCGAUAAAGUGGUCGACCAUUUGACUGGUGCCGACUUUGGCCAUCAGUAUAAACAGUUUCAGCUGUUUGUUUCGUUGCCGGUAUCGGUAACCCUACGCCAUGAACUAUUGAUACAAAAGUUGCGACACUAUCGGCAACUUAUCGACGGAGGAGGAGGACAUCAAAAACCACCGAAACUGCCGAAGUUGGACAUCGGUGGCGAUGGAGGCAAUAAUUGUUGGGAACCGGCCUCAGCCGCCGGCAUCUAUUCGGUGAAAGAUAUCUUUCGGGUGAUACUCGUCGACGGUAUUGAACGCCGACUACCUGGUCGGCCGUUUGACCCGAAUUCGGUGUUUAGUAUAUCGCUUGAUAUCGGCCACGUCGACAGUGACCGCGAAUGUUCGGAAUUUUACGAACGAACGCCGAAAUCGUUUUUCCCGAAGAAAUGUCUCAAAUCGACGACCAAAUCGUUUCUGAAUCAGUCGUCAAUAUUGCGAGCGUUGGCCACAUUAGAUGCCGACGUACUAUUCAAGUGGCCACUAGUGGCCAAUACAGAUAGUACGGAUUGUUCGCUCGAAUCGAUACGAGUGGCCAGCAAUCCGAUAUAUAUUGCCGGCCGCUAUCAAAAAUACAGCCGCCAUUUGUCGCAAACACCUUGGAUUCUGGACGACGGCAGCCGACUGAUGGACGACUCCGUACAGGACAUCAUCGAUCGGGGCGUACGUCAGCACGUGGUCUGCGAUGAACUCCGAUUUAGUGCUUCGGGUCGCGAGGAUGUCGAUGUCCGGAUGUUGGGACGCGGCCGACCGUUCAUACUGGAAGUGGUCAAUCCGCGAACCAUUGAACUAAGCGGACAACAGUUUCUGCAGAUAACCGAAACGAUAAAUAUGGCCGAAAAUACUAGUGUAACUGUACGUGACCUGCAAUUAGUUAGCAAAUCGGGUCUCCAGUUGCUAAAAGACGGCGAAAAUGCUAAAACCAAGACCUAUCGGGCCCUGUGCUGUAUGAGCCGUCCCCUAAGCGACAAUGAUUUGGCCCUAUUGGCCGCCACCGAGCCGUUUACGAUUAACCAGAAGACACCGAUUCGUGUACUUCAUCGGCGAACACUGUCUGUACGGCCGAAAAAAAUCUAUAAACUCGGCGCCGAACGAGUGACCAGCGAUAGCUUGUUGACAACGACCGACGACAAAGAGUUGACCGAUAAGUUCGGGCCGCAUUUGGACAGUAUUUUCUAUUUGUAUUUGACUACCGAAGCCGGCACUUAUGUCAAAGAGUUUGUCCAUUCGGAUUUCGGACGUACUGUACCGUCGUUGGCCACUUUGCUGGGCAAUUGCCGUACGGAUAUCAUACAACUCGAUGUUAUGGAAAUCAAUACUGAUUGGCCACCGAUUGUUACCACCGAUGAUGAUAAUGAAGUGGACAAUGAUAUGAAAAUUAGUUGA